AAAUCAGGGAGGGAUAUUUCUUUCUCAGAGCCUUGUACAUCUUCUAUUUGAAGCCUGAGCUACUCAUCCCUCUAACAGCCGCCAUGGUUCACUGGACAGCCGAAGAGAAAGCCACCAUCACCUCCGUAUGGCAGAAAGUUGACUUGGAAAAUGACGGCCACAAUGUCCUUUCCAGGUUGUUCAUUACAUACCCCUGGACCCAGAGGUAUUUCAGUUCUUUUGGGAAUGUUUCCGACGAAACAGCUAUUGCUGGAAAUUCCAAAGUACAUGCUCACGGCAAGAAGAUUCUAGGAGCUCUCGAUAAUGCAGCCCACCACUUGGAUGAUAUUAAGAGCAUUCUCCAUGACCUCAGUCACACACAUGCCAGCGAACUACAUGUGGACCCAGAAAACUUUAAGCGUCUCGGUGAAGUGUUUGUGAUCGUUUUGGCUUCUAAACUAGGAUCUGCUUUCACUCCUUCAGCCCAUGCAGCCGUACAGAAAUUCAUUGCAGCGGUAGUAGAUGCUCUGGGUCACGGUUACCACUAAACUGAUUGUACCCAUAUCUGGGAACAGAGGUGUACCUAGGUUACAUGGUUACCUGGGGAGGAAAUGUAUUUUGAUCCCCCUACUCCCCAUUAGUAGGCUUCUGCCUAGGAAUGUGUAUAUUCAAUGUAAUGUUUCAAAUAAAAUAUAUUUGUAAAGAAAA